CAGAAUUAAGAUUCCCACCCUGCAAACAUUUCUCUUCUUGUGCUUCUCCCACGUACUACUUCCAUCUCAAAUUGGUAUACACAGCCAAUAACUAGCUAGCUUACCUCCUUAAGGAAGAAGUAAAAGGAAAUAGAUGGGUGGCAGUUCUAGUGUUAAAGAUUAUUGCUUGAUACUUCAAGCUCUCAUCAUCGUUGCAGCUUCUUCAGCCGGUCUGACAUCAGGUCGAGGGUGGUACCAUAGACACGUAGGAGGAGGAGGAGCUGGCCCUUGGAUCAACGCUCACGCCACUUUCUACGGCGGUGGCGAUGCUUCCGGCACAAUGGAUAUAUUUUUUUUUUAUGUAGGGGGAGCGUGUGGUUACGGGAACUUGUACAGCCAAGGGUACGGAGUGAACACGGCGGCUCUAAGCACGGCGCUGUUCGACAACGGGCUGAGCUGUGGCGCUUGCUACCAGAUCAUGUGCGCCAACGACCCGCAGUGGUGCCUCCCUGGCUCCAUCGUCGUCACCGCCACCAACUUCUGCCCGCCGGGAGGGUGGUGCGACCCUCCCAACCACCACUUCGACCUCUCCCAGCCCAUCUUCCAGCACAUCGCCCAGUACCGCGCCGGCGUCGUCCCUGUCAUGUACAGGAGGGUGAGGUGCAGGAGAAGAGGCGGGAUAAGGUUCACGGUCAACGGCCACUCCUACUUCAACCUUGUCCUCGUCACCAACGUCGGAGGCGCCGGCGACGUCCAUUCCGUCGCCAUCAAGGGCUCGAGAACAGGGUGGCAGCAGAUGUCCAGAAACUGGGGACAGAACUGGCAGAGCAAUUCCUACCUCAACGGACAGAGCCUCUCCUUCCUCGUCACCACCAGCGACGGUCGAGCUCUGGCGUCGUACAACGUUGCACCUCCAAGUUGGUCCUUCGGCCAGACAUAUACCGGCCGACAGUUUAGGUAUUAAUGACAAUAUAUUGUUUCGAGUGGUUACUUAUACUAUAAACAAUAUUACAAUAUGGUAUUUGGGAGAUCGUUAUCGUGAU